AACAUAAACCGGUAACAGAUGGUUGAAACAUCCGCCCUCUUUCGAUGCAUUCGAGAAAUCGAAACCCAACCCACGAUAAGAUCACUCGCACACUCUUCCUCUCCCCUGCAUUUCUCUUCCUCUCUUCUCCUUUGCAAAACCGAAGAGCACAGUUUUGAGCGAGUACCCAAAUGGCUCAUCUUCUCAACACUUCAUUCAUCCCCUCCUCCUCGACCCUUCGCCGGGUGAGUCCCAGUCUCCAGGUUCCGGGUCACCAGCGCAGCAGAGUCCCGGCCCGGAUUGAUGCAAAGAUCCGGGAGAUCUUCAUGCCGGCGCUGAGCUCAACCAUGACUGAGGGGAAGAUCGUCUCUUGGGUCAGGUCCGAGGGCGACAAGCUCUCCAAAGGGGAGAGCGUUGUCGUGGUGGAGUCCGACAAGGCCGACAUGGACGUCGAGACCUUCUACGAUGGUUACUUGGCUGCCAUUAUGGUGGAGGAAGGCGGCGUCGCCCCUGUGGGCUCUGCCAUCGCCCUUCUUGCCGAGUCCGAGGCCGAGAUCGCCGAGGCCAAGUCCAAAGCAGCGUCCAAUUCGUCGUCUUCUUCUUCCUCUUCUUCGACGGCAGCAACCGCUGUUGCGGAGCCGGAUAAAGUUUCAGAGAAUCCGGUUCCGACAGCGGCUGUCAAGGUGGCUCCUGUUGUGUCGAUGCCGGUGGCGUCCACGCACCCGGCGUCGGAGGGAGGUAAGAGGAUCGUUGCGUCACCAUACGCAAAGAAGCUUGCAAAGGAGCUGAAGGUGGAGUUGGGGAGAGUGGUGGGGAGCGGGCCUAUGGGGAGAAUUGUUGCCAAGGAUGUUGAAGCUGCUGCUGCUGCUGCCACUGCGGAUGUGGCGUCUGUAGGUCCCGUGUCGGCUGAAGUGGGGAAGAGUGCGGCAGCGGCGAUUGAGUUGGGUUCUGUGGUGCCUUUCACGACAAUGCAGGCUGCGGUGAGUAGGAACAUGGUUGAGAGUCUGUCCGUGCCAACUUUCAGAGUCGGGUACACCAUUACAACGGGUGCACUUGAUUCUCUCUAUAAGAAGAUCAAGUCUAAGGGAGUAACCAUGACGGCAUUGCUUGCAAAGGCAACGGCGCUUGCUUUGGUUAAACAUCCUGUUGUCAAUUCUAGUUGUAGGGAUGGUAAAAGCUUUACGUAUAACAGCAGCAUCAACAUUGCAGUUGCUGUAGCUAUAGAUGGUGGGCUAAUUACGCCAGUGCUUCAGGAUGCUGAUAAGGUGGACAUAUAUUCAUUGUCAAGAAAGUGGAAGGAAUUAGUUGAUAAGGCCAGGGCCAAGCAGCUACAGCCUCAUGAAUACAAUUCAGGUACUUUCACUCUUUCUAACCUCGGGAUGUUUGGAGUUGAUCGGUUUGAUGCCAUUCUACCUCCCGGAACGGGAGCAAUCAUGGCUGUUGGAGCAUCUCAGCCCACGGUUGUUGCUAGCAAGGAUGGUAGGAUUGGCAUGAAGAACCAGAUGCAGGUAAAUGUUACAGCUGAUCAUCGUGUCAUCUAUGGUGCUGAUUUGGCUUCGUUCUUACAAACCUUGGCAAAGAUUAUUGAGGACCCCAAAGAUCUCACGUUCUAGUUGCACGUUCAUUGUCAAAUGUCCUUCCUAGUGUCCGAGGUAUUUCCCUCCUAGUAUGCACCAAAGGGCUUGAGGUUGGAUAGGCUAAUGGGAGGAUUUAGAAGCCAUUUCCCCUGUUCAAAAACAGGAACAGAAUUUUGAGGAGCAAAAUUCAUUUGAGUUCUAGGUUCUUCAAUUCAACUAAUCUGAAAUUUUCA